AUGUCUUUCUCCAGCCUCGUUCAAGACUUAUCAUUCAGAGACAAUGGCAAUAACAGACAACAACUGACUCGUGGCUCCUCAACAAUCUCCACUGCAGAUGAUCGCAGAUCCCAUAUCUCUAGGGCAAUGUCGUAUGCCAGCACUAGCGCUACGAGCGUGAGCAUAGCUGGAGAUAUUUCGAGUCAAUUGCAUGGAGGGUAUUCCCAUCCACUUGCUCGAUCGUGGCAAGCCGAGAAGCAGUUGACCAAGUCAAUGCUCAUCUACCCUCUAUUUAUCUCCGACCAAGAUGAUGAAGAAACGCUUAUCCCUUCCCUCCCAGAUCAACAUCGUCGCGGUAUUAACACACUGGUCCCUUUCCUCGAACCCCUCGUCCGCAAAGGCCUGAGAUCGGUCAUCCUGUUUGGCGUACCCAUGGCAGCUGGCGUAAAAGACGCUUUAGGAACUGCUGCUGAUGACCCGAAGGGACCUGUCAUGGCCAGCAUCCGUCUCUUGCGACAGCGCUUCCCGCAACUAUACGUGGUUGUCGACGUUUGUCUCUGCGAAUAUACCUCCCAUGGGCACUGUGGCAUUCUACGAGAUGACGGCAGCCUGAACAAUCAAUUAUCUGUCGACCGUAUCUCAGACGUCGCCGUCGCAUACGCGCGAGCUGGUGCCCACUGUGUUGCUCCUUCGGACAUGAACGAUGGCCGUAUCCGAGCAAUCAAGCUUAAGUUGAUCGAGGAAGGCAUCGCGCAUAGGGUUCUCUUGAUGUCAUAUGCCGCCAAAUUCUCCGGAUGCUUAUAUGGGCCUUUCCGCGACGCAGCUGGUUCUGUCCCAUCCUUCGGAGACCGAAAGUGUUACCAAUUGCCACCUGGGGGAAGAGGCCUAGCUCGAAGAGCAAUUGAAAGGGACAUUAGUGAAGGCGCUGAUAUUAUCAUGGUCAAGCCAGCAAAUCUGUACCUAGACAUCAUUAGUGAUGCCAAGGAGAUUGGCAAGAACAUGCCAGUUGCGGCUUAUCAGGUGAGCGGAGAAUUUGCGAUGUUUCAUGCUGGUGCAAAAGCGGGUGUUUUUGAUUUGAAAACAAUUGCAUUUGAGUCUACUGAGGGUAUAUUGAGAGCUGGUGCAACAAUUGUGGUUAGCUAUUUCACGCCUCAAUUCCUGGACUGGCUUGAAUCGUAG